GCCUCCUCCCAGCCAGAGGGGCCAGGGAACCCCAGCCAAGGAGGGGUGCGGCACCUUGAGGCACAGGCGAGAGCUUAUGCAUACCCUGGUUUUGGAAUGAGGAAGGAGCUCCCCACUGGGUGACAGCCAGGGGAAGGCCUGUGGUUGAGACUUCUUCCUCUGCACGUCUGCCGCCUAAGGGACAGCCGUCUCCCAGUCUGACCUUAUUCUUCCACACCGGGAAGAAGGGGGACAGCUGGUUCUUACCUCUCCUUGUAUUGCCUGUCCACCUGGUUGGCUGGGUCUGGAACUUGGUGCCAUCCUCAUCUUCCUCUUCUCCCUACCUGAAAUAUAAGCUAAGGCUUGUAGGAGACCCGAGCAGGAGAGGGCACAGAAGAGAUCAAAUCCCUUUUCCCGUGGACUCCAUCACUUAUUCCUGAACCCAGCAGAACCAGAAGCUGUCCCAAAGAGCUCUGCUGGCCCUUGGGGAGAGUUGGGAAAGGUAGAAUCUUCCUGCCAAGAAAUCUGCUUGUGGGGAUCCAGGACAUUCAACAUGCUGCCUUAGCCCCUGUGACGGCUCUAAGCCUCCGUGUUUCAAGGCCAUGGCCCGUUCCCUCAGCUGGUGCUGCUGCCCCUGGUGCCUGACAGAAGAUGAGAAGAUGGCCUUAAGGAUUGACCAAGAAAUCAAUAAGAUCCUCAUGGAACAGAAGAAGAGGGACCGAGGAGAGCUUAAGCUGCUAUUGUUGGGUACCGGGGAGAGCGGAAAAAGCACCUUUAUCAAACAGAUGCGAAUUAUCCACGGGGCAGGGUACUCGGAGGAGGACCGCAAAGGCUUCACUUCCCUAGUCUACCAGAACAUCUUCAGCUCCAUGCAGGCCAUGAUUGAGGCCAUGGACACCCUUCACAUCCCCUAUAGCUGCCCUGAGAGCAGGCAUCAUGCUAACCUGAUUAUGAACACGGAUGCCUACAAAGUGACAACCUUCGAGAAGCCCCAGGCCCACGCCAUUAUGUGUCUAUGGAAAGAUGCUGGCAUCAAAACCUGCUACAAUCGCCGUUGCGAAUUCCAUCUGCUGGACUCUGCUGUGUAUUACCUGUCCAACUUGGAGCGUAUCACAGAGGAAAGCUACAUCCCCACAGCCCAGGACGUUCUGCGGACCCGGAUGCCGACGACUGGCAUCAAUGAAUACUGCUUCUCUGUUCAGAAGACCAACCUGAGGAUUGUGGACGUGGGUGGCCAAAAGUCUGAACGGAAGAAAUGGAUUCACUGUUUUGAAAAUGUCAUCGCUCUCAUCUACCUGGCAUCACUGAGCGAGUAUGACCAGUGUCUGGAGGAGAAUAACCAGGAGAACCGGAUGAAAGAGAGUCUGGCUCUGUUUGGCACCAUCCUGGAGCUGCCCUGGUUUAAGAACACCUCUGUCAUCCUUUUCCUUAACAAGACAGAUAUCCUGGAGGAGAAGAUCCCCACCUCCCACCUGGCCACCUAUUUCCCCGGCUUCCCCGGCCCCAAGCAGGAUGCAGAAGCAGCUAAGCAGUUCAUCUUAGAUAUGUACACUGGGAUAUACACUGGUUCCGGGGAUGUCAAAGGCUCGACAAGGAAGAACUCCCGCUCCAGGCGCCUUUUUAGCCACUACACCUGUGCCACUGACACCCACAACAUCCGCAAGGUCUUCAAGGAUGUCCGGGACUCUGUGCUUGCCCGUUACCUGGAUGAGAUCAACCUUCUCUGACGCCUGCCCCCUGGGAGGCCAGAGAGGAGGCCAGGCUCCCAAGCGCUGCACUUUAGAGGGCCCCGAGGGUGGGAAAAGCCUCCUUGUCUCUCCCUGGCUGCUCUUGGCCCUCCUGUUGGCCCCUUGCCUUGUGCUCCCUGAAGCAGGUUCUAAGCCAACUGGAAUUUGCCACCUUGGGGUCCCUAGAAGGGAAUGUGGGUGGCUGGGUUUAAAUGACCUUAGAACAUCAAGGCAGGCAAAGAGAAACCUUCAUGAAUAAAUUGAAGAGACUCUUAGAACAGAAAAUAUCAGGGCCCUUAGAACACAGAAUGCCAGAGUUGGGAAGGUCUUUAGAACAUAGAAUGUCAGAA